CCCUCUCUCCCUCUCCUCCGUGUGUGUGCUUCUUUCUCUUUUGUCUGUUUGCUAGUACCAAUCCAAUUUUUUUUUUUUUUCAAAGUAUAAGAGCGGAGAGGAAAGUGUUCCUGCGUCAUUUGUUUCUUUGGAGUUUUGAUCGGCAGUGUGGUAAAGUCGAAAAUAGCAGCAGCAGGACUACCGCAAAAACUGCCCAAUCCUUGAAUAAAGUUGGAACAGCACCCGCAGCUGGAAAGAAAGAAAGAAAGAGAAGAAAUGGCACCAGCACCCGCAAGUAACUGGCUCUCAUUCUCUCUCUCCCCCAUGGAGAUGCUGAGGUCAUCUUCUUCUUCUUCCUCCUCCACCGCCGCCCCUCACUACUUCCUCGACACCUACUACUCUCACGGUUGGGGAAGUUCCAAGGAAGCACAAACAGCGACGACGACUAUGGCGGAAACCGCGCUACUUACCAGCUUCAUGGAGCAGCAGCAAUCAGGCCACCAUCACCACCAACCUAAGCUGGAGGACUUCCUAGGCGGCGAUUCGUCGGGGUCGGUGGUUCGGUACUCGGAGCACAGCCAAACAGAGACUCAGGACUCUUCUUCCUUGACUCACAUCUACGACAGCGGCGGUGGAGGCGGAGGCGCCGCCUCCUAUUUCAGCGAACACCAGGCGAUUCCCGCAGGCUACCAAGGCGCCUUCCCCUCCAACUCCGGCGGAUCCGAAGUUGACGACCAGAUUGGUUGCGGUGGCGGUGGCGGUGGGGCUGAGUUUAUGGCGGCGGACGGUGGCCAUCACUCGAUUGAGUCGGCGGGCAGCGAGUUGGGGUUCUCGAGUCGUAGCAGCGGGUUGUCCCUUGCGGUUACCACCAAUAAUAACAACAAUAGCGUACCGAUUAGCUCUUCUCCGCCUCCCGCCGUAGCGGCGGUCGCCGUUGUUGAAACCGAUUGCUCUAAGAAGCUCGCCGAUACCUUCGGCCAGCGGACUUCCAUUUACCGAGGCGUCACAAGGCAUAGAUGGACAGGUAGAUAUGAAGCGCAUCUAUGGGAUAACAGCUGUAGGAGAGAAGGUCAAGCCAGAAAAGGACGUCAAGCCUUUUCUUUUAUGAUGAUUGAUGCCUACCAGUUUGAUGUGGACAAAGACAGUAAUGUGACAUCGUGCCUUCCUUUCUUGCGCCUCCUUCCAACAUUAUUCCCUGAAAACCCCCAUUAUUGGGUUUCAGGUGGAUAUGAUAAAGAAGAUAAAGCAGCUAGAGCUUAUGAUUUGGCUGCUCUUAAGUACUGGGGACCCACCGCCACGACCAACUUUCCUGUGUCUAAUUAUAACAAGGAACUGGAAGAGAUGAAAUAUGCAUCGAAACAGGAGUUUAUCGCCUCGUUGAGAAGGAAAAGUAGUGGAUUCUCCAGGGGUGCUUCCAUAUACAGGGGUGUAACAAGGCAUCACCAGCAAGGUCGUUGGCAAGCAAGGAUUGGGCGUGUUGCUGGGAACAAAGACCUGUACCUUGGCACAUUCGCCACUGAAGAGGAAGCAGCAGAGGCAUAUGACAUUGCAGCCAUAAAGUUCAGGGGCUUGAAUGCAGUGACGAACUUCGAGAUGAAUCGAUAUGACGUGGAAGCGAUCAUGAAGAGUGCUCUUCCCAUCGGUGGAGCAGCAAAGCGGCUAAAAAUCUCUCUGAAUGCUGAGCAGAAACCAAUUCUGAUGAGCCAAGAUCAACAACUACAACUGCAGCAGCAACAGUGCAGCAGCAAUGGGAAUAGCAUCAGUUUUGGAUCGGUUCAGCAACCCCUUUCGACAAUCCCUUGUGGCAUCCCCUUUGACGCCACGACUGCCUACUACCAGCAUCAUCACAACCUCUUCCAGCACAUUUCAGCCGGUGGUGGUGGCAGCAGCCACCUGGGUGGAGGAGACUCCUCUGGUUCGGCCCAGAACAUGGAGAAUUCGAUGAGCUCGAUGUUGCCACAGACAACAGACUUUUUCCUGUGGCCUCACCAGCCUUACUAAUUUGUUAGAGAAAAGAGAGGUUUUGCUGACUUGGGAACCAGCUAACAGUAGUAAGCUUACAAACAGGUAGGUUUCGAUUGAAUCAUGGCAGUAUUAGGAGCAGAAAAAUGCGGUUGUUGUAGUAGGUUCAAGUUCGUUUUUGUUCUCUUGUUCAUUUGAGUAGUUUAGGAAGCCAUGUUCAGUAAGCAGUGGUGGUGGUGGGAAUUUUGUAAGUAGUAUCAUGUAGUUGAAUGAUGGGUUUCUCGGGCAAUGGUAUCCUCCCCAAAAAAUUUGCGGAUUUUGUUUAUUUCUUCAAUCAGUGUCUUGAAUAUUCCUUCUGGUUUCAAUUCCAUGGCCU